UCAGCCCUCCCCGGGGUGAAAGGUUAACGGAAGUGCCCGUUCUUCCUUUCUGCUGUACUCCCUGCUUGUUGCCGUCGAAAUGGGCAAGUUCAUGAAACCCGGGAAAGUGGUGCUGGUCCUGGCCGGACGCUACUCCGGACGGAAAGCCGUCAUCGUGAAGAACAUUGAUGAUGGCACUUCAGACCGUCCCUACAGCCAUGCUCUGGUGGCUGGAAUUGACCGCUAUCCCCGCAAAGUGACAGCUGCCAUGGGCAAGAAGAAGAUUGCCAAGCGAUCAAAGAUCAAGUCUUUUGUGAAAGUUUAUAACUACAAUCACCUCAUGCCCACAAGGUACUCUGUGGAUAUACCCUUGGACAAAACUGUUGUCAACAAGGAUGUCUUCAGAGACCCUGCUCUUAAACGCAAGGCCCGACGGGAGGCCAAGGUCAAGUUUGAAGAGAGGUACAAGACGGGCAAGAAUAAGUGGUUCUUCCAGAAGCUGCGGUUUUAAGCGUUUUUUGUUUUGGUCAUUAAAAAUAUUUAAA